GGGGCGUAUGGAGACCCGUUGGGGGUCACUCUCCCUAUGUGCAGUGUGAACGUAGUCGCAUGCCGAUAUGUCUUAAUUUCUCCUGCCUGGAUUCACGAGCAGAUCCUAAACCUCGAAAAGAUAUCGUCGUUUGCGCGGUCUAAAGGCCUGUAUGCUGUACGUUCACCCCAUGGCAUUGUUUACUUCGACCCGUUUCCCACAUUUUCAACAACAGCAAUGAGAACAACGAAGGAGCUUGUCUCAUCCAAGUUUUCCCUAUUCUCCUCAUUUCCCAAACCUCCGUCCCCCAACACAAAUCGACACUUCCUAAUCCCUCGUCAAAACUCAAAUAUGAAAACAAAACAAAAGUACUCAGUUAAUCCUAUCUCCCACGAUGCAGCACCUGCCUGCGUCCCAGCCAAGCCCCGAAGUUCUCGGACUGCAUCCGAACGGACCCCCGCGGCCGAGAUGGCCGUGAGGCUUUCAUGCGCUUCUGCGUUGACUGCUAUAUAAAGUCCAUCGACGGAGUGGCGCCGCACUAUUCCAACCGCACCUUGAUCAUGGUCAACGGUGAGUUGUACCAUAUUUACGUAGCCGCCGGUAAGGUCCUCGUCGUGCGCCCAAUCUCCCCGGAGGAGUGUC